GAGAAACCAUCACCGAAUCCUUGGGGAACGAAAAUGCCGUUUGGAGCGUUAUUGUCAGAGGCACGAGUUUUUUCGGCUUACGUGAAAGAAGUUGAAGAGAAACCAUCACCGAAUCCUUGGGGAACGAAAAUGCCGUUUGGAGCGUUAUUGUCAGAGGUGAGCAGUUCGGGUUGGGUUCAUGCGGUGGCUUUUUCACCAUCCGGAUGUCGAUUAACAUUCGUAUCGCACGACUCGACAAUAUCACUGAUCGAUACGAAUCGUUCGUCACAAGAAGCAAUUGUGCUACGCACCGCUCAUUUACCAUUCACGUCUGUUCAGUGGGUUACCGAAAACGCCAUUAUUGCUGCGCUUCACCGUCCCAUUUAA